CUCCAAGGUCAAUUACAUGCAGAAUUUGCGCCAUCCUCAUCUUCGAUUUUCAAUAAAAACAUAAAAAUAAGGCUACAAACUGAGUUUUAAUAUUUUUUUUCUUAAUUCCAGGUCGAAGUGUCAUCACCAAAUGUCGAAAGCGAAAAUACAUUCUGCACAAAUUCCAUUCUCGGUUCGACAAUGUGCUCCAAAAUUGUCACAUCAACAGUGAGCAGUAAUAGUCCAAUAUCAUCACUUUGCAUCGUCGACCAAUCGCAACAACAAUGCAAACUAUCACCACUUACAUCAUCAACAUCAUCGUCAACUUCCAGUGGUAAUUCUAGUGUGAUUGUUAAACCCUGUUCAAGAACAAAAUCGAGUGAGAAUCCCAGCUGUAACAAUAAUAAUAGUUGUAGUAAUUCUAGUAAUAAACCUCCCAUAGUUGUUCCUUUGUCCAAAGUUGCCGUCGCAGAUAACAGCAAUAGUAACAAGCGUGAAGACCUAACAAGCUUAGGUUCUGACGAUUCAGGAAUUAUCUGCGGUUCUGAAUCCUAUCAGGUCUCUCUCAAUCGCAUUCACCAAUCACACGAGAUUCUAGAUUCUGGAGAAAUGGAUGCCGAGGAGGAGUGCAUUGAAAUCCUCGACACCACAUCCAUGAAUGAGGAAUACGGUAUGCUGCAGUCAAACCUUUGCUUCUAUCAAUCACCAGACAACGACUUUCAGACCCCGAAAAAGACAUGAAGAUCAAAGAACGCCCACUUUAGAGUCCAUGGGGAAAAUCAAACGACGACACAUUAUCAAGUGGAAAACAAUCGCACUUGCGUGCCAAUAUGCAUCAACAGCCCAUCA